GAUUUGUUCUUCGUGUUUUUUUUUCAGAUUCUUGCAUGGUAUCGUCUCCUCCUGACGCUCUCUUUUGGCCGGUCCUUAUACGCUGUUCGCGUAUAGUGUUUGUUGGUGUCGGUACGACAGGAAAAAAUACAUGAUCCUAUGAAUUUUCAUGAUAAACGGAGAAUGAGAGACUCUCCUUCAGUAUUACCUGGAGACUUUAUCGACAGUGCUUGAAAAUGUGCGUAGCGGAGUAGUUUCAAAAAUAAAAGUGGGCGUAAAGCGCUGGAAACUGCUUAGCGAAAUGGUAACAAGUAAAACACCGGAGUGGCCGUUCUUAGGUUUCACUCUGUCUGUACGAUAUUUGUGUUUGUGGAUCCGUUACCAUGACAGCGUAUUUGAAUCACGGGGAGCGUAAAAGGGACGUGGCGGUAUAUUUACCGGAUUUGUUAUUUUUUACAGAAUAUUUUACGAAGGUGUCGAUCGACAUGACGGAGGCGACUACCAAGUCAGACGUGCAAAUUAUUUUGGGCUUAAAAGAGGGGAAGGGUUUCGAACAAGUUUUACAACCGACGUUAUUGGUUGGGACUUUAAACGGACAUUCCUUGGAGACUGACAGAAUCGAAUCGUGUCCAACUCCGCAAUACGCCACCAACUUGGUUUGGGAGACUAAUAAAGUGGUGCUGAGAAGAAUGCGAUCAGAGCAGGCCUCACUAAAAUUAGAAUGCUUUGCUUUUAAAGAGAACGAAGGUAGAGAGAGAAUUGGAUAUGUUCUGCUCAAUAUACGUUCUGCGCAAGUAUUAUCUAAAUAUGGGGAUCUGAGUCCAAAGGCAAGUUGGUACAAAUUGCUGGGAUUAAGAAGCGAUCUUAAAAUACAAAAGCCUGAGUUACUUCUUGCGUUAAGAGUCGAGGAUCGAAAGGACACAAAUCUAGCUCCAGCAGCGGAGCUAAGAAAUUUAAUGAUAGACAAGGAUGUUAUCUUGGAAAGUGAUAAAAUAAUUCCUUACUUACAUCCUGAUGAGCAAUUGAUUCAAUUGGGGCCUGUGGAUACCUGUUGCGAAUUAUUCAUAUUGAGUAUCACGGCCGUGUGCACAGAACAUUUGCAUCUAUUAUUACCUGAGUAUCUAAACAAGUGUAGCACCGUGCGUUUCUUAUAUCAAGUUCUGGAAAACGAUGUGGAGCUUACACCAUUCAAAACAGAGUCUGGAAAAUUUCAUUUCGUCCCUGAGAAAGUGGUAGUGAGGAUACGAAGCUCUUUGAGCGUUUUAAAGCAAUACCUACAAUUGAAGCCAGAUCUGUUAAUACAUUUAAAACAUGAGAGUAAUGUAGUAGCCGAGUCGUCAGUUAAUCUGCAAUCCUUAGUACCCGCGGACAGUCUGCAGGAAUUUCUCAGAUGCACUGCAAGUGCGAGCACUACCUUGAACGAACAAUGUUUUUUAAUUAAACAAAACUCGAAACCCAUUGAAAAUCAACAUCAGAAAUCUUAUCUUGAUUUGCAACUUAAAUUGCAAUAUAUUGGAAGUGGAACAAAUAUGUCAUUGAACUCGGACGCGGCAGUAAACUCCAAUUCCGUAUCUAGCAUUCGAAUAAAUUGUUAUGAAGAAAGUGUAAAUAAUAUUGACCAGAGAUGUCCGGAGAUCGAAUCCCACAGAAAUCCCAGUGGUGAUUUUGGAAAGCCCAGUUUGAAAAAUAUUCCUGGCGAAGUGAGAUGUACAACGGAAUGUAAAAAUAUAAAUAAACAAUCCGUUGAAUGCUUUAAACAUCAAAUGGAUAAAGUUACGUGUUCGCGCUCAUGCUGCGAUGCAAUGUUCUCUGUUAAUAAAAAUCACGUCAAGGGCGUAGGAUCUUAUCACUGCUACUGUCUACGCAUCUCGCUUGUGGCAGUAACAUUGGUAUCUGAAACACUGUGCGGACGAGAAAUUGAAUUUCGAUUUUACCAUCCAAGAACUGAAGUCAUAUCAACAGCAUAUGCGACGAUGCCGGUUUUGUCGAACGAGAAAGUGAAAUUGCAAGAUAUCGUAUGCCAAUUUCAUUUAAUAUCCGCACCAGACGAAAUAAAACAAUUACUGCAAUCUUUCCCACUGAAAAUCAGUAUAUACGACACAAACAGAGAUGAUGAGUUAUCAUUGUUAGUGCUUGAUGUGAAACCGUUAUUUCAUCAAGAAAAGUCCGAAUGUCAGUAUAAAUUAUCUCUGCUCGAUACAGAUCGAAAUAAAAUUGCCGAUAUUGAUAUUAUACUCAAAUUAGAGGAUCGUGGACCGCAUUGUAUAUUAAAGAAAGAAACCAUCGAUAAAAACCUUGGCCCACCGAUACUGGACGAUAGUUUAGCAUAUAAAAUAGUGGACGAGCUUGAAACUUGGAAAGAACGUCAAAAGGAGAUGUUUAAGGACGUGCUUAAAAAAAAAGAAGAUCGACAUUUGAACAUGCUGAGCGAGGAAUGGCGAAUGCAGAAGGAAAAUCUGGAGUUAAAACUUGCAUACAGUGUCGAACAGUGUAAGACAUUAGCCAACAGUUUAAACAGCGCUACUGAAGAUCUGAGAAAACGACGACUAAAGAGCCUGGAAAACGAGACAAGAUUGAUAAAAGCGAACGAGGAUUUGCAAUGCAGAUAUAAAAAUAAGUUGCAAGAGUUACAAGAUACCCUGCAUGCGACACGAAACGAUCUUACAACGAAGGUCGCCAAACUUGAAGAGAAGAAAGUUGCUUUAGAGGCGCAAGUGGAAAUACUGUCGUACGAAAAUGAGAAUCUGAAAUCGUCGAUAAGUAAACAGAUGGAUGAACUGAAAAUAUAUCAGAAGGGAUCUUUAACUCAGGAUCAAACAGCGUCCUUGUUGCAGGAGGUGAAAAUUCUCGAGGAAAAAUUGGACAAUGCGCAGAAGGGAAAGGAAUUUUUUAGAGAGCAAUGGGGCAAAGCGGUUCGCGAAUUACAUAGAAUGAAAGUGGAUUAUCAAGAAACUAUGCAAGUUCAAAUCAAGAACAGUAGGGAGGAACUGAUGAGUGCAGACCUCGCGGAAAUAUUAUCUGCAGAUAGGAAAGCUUUGAACAACGAUCAAAUGUUGUUAAACGAACUGCAGAAGGAGAUCGAUGUAAUCAAGCCGAAGCAAUCCUUCGCUCCCAAAGAAGCUUACAAUCAAAUAUUCACAACAGCUGAAGACGUUUGUUACAACGUUCCGUGUAAAAGUAAUAAAACUGUUUAUGAUAAAUCAAAGGAAUAUAGCGAGCGGUUGCAGGCUCUGAGGGGGGAACACGAGUCCCUUUUAAAGACCGGAAAUUAUACAGACGAUGAUGUAGUGAUAAAAAAACUUGACGCAGAGAUUCGAUUACUGAUGAGCAGGUAGCGAUUUUAUUCCUGCUUAACUUCCUGUGAUUAAUUUUAAUAUAUAUAGAGAAGGCAUACAUUUUGGAAUAAAAAUCUACUACAUGUUACACAGUAAUUUAUAUACAUUUGUACAAAUAAAUAUUUUAUAUUGUAA